AGAAAAGAAUGAAUGGUCUUUCAAAUGCUUGUAACUCCUAAAAGGAGAAUCUAUAGGUAUACCACUUCAAAUCCAAAUCCUUCUAUUAGGGUACGCACUGAAGGACCAAGCUUCGGUUAUUUUAGCACACAACUCUUUUCGAGUUUGCCUCCACCAAACUUAACCUAUCUGAGGCCGACAUCACUCUGAUGCUCAAGCGGAUCCCCUCAUUGCAGAAGCUUCGAACCCUCCACAACGCAGAGGAGGUUAUUCAUUCGUUUAAAAAGUACGGCUUCACUGAAGCCCAAAUUGCAGAUAUAGUGAGGAGGCGACCCCAACUUUUCGGAUGUGCAGACAGUGCAUUGGAAAGUAAGAUCAAGCUGCUGGAAGAUUUCGGUUUUGUGGAUCAAAAUCUGUUCAGACUUUUGCGGAUCAAUCCUAGCAUCUUGACCCUCAGACUCGAGAACGGACUUCUUCCCAAGAUGGAGUUUCUGAAGAAUACAUUUCAGUCCCAGGAUGUGCUCGUUAAAGCCCUGAUAAAAGCACCUAGACUUUUGAGUUUUAGCUUGGAGGAGACCCUGAAGCCCUCGCUUGCUUUCUGGGAAGGAUGGGGUUUUUUUGGAACGGGGCUCUUAGGCUUUUUACGGCUCUAUCCGGCAGUUCUCUCACGCAAGUCUCUGACGCCUGCACAGAUGGAUCUUAUUCACAAGAUUGGCACUUGCAAGGAACGCAAAAUGUUCAAAUAUGUUGUAGGUCUAGUGGCUACGAGCGCCCCGAAAACGUUAGAGGCCAAGAUAGAGAAUCUCAAACUCUGUGGGCUCUCGGCCGAAGAAACCUGGCAACUACUUGGAACUGUUCCUCUACUUCUUUGUUACUCCAAGGAAAAUGUUAGUGAAAAGAUGAACUUUCUAGUUAAUGACAUGAAGCUCCCUGCAAGUUAUGUAGUGAAGCACGCUAACUUGUUGCGAAUCAAUUUAGAGAAGACGACGAGGCCCAGGUGUCUGGUUUGGCAGAAAAUUAAAUCCAUCAGUGACCUCGACCUCACCCUUUUGACAGUAUUGAGCAUGCCAGAGGCAAGAUUUGUUAGCAAGAUUAUAGAAGGACAUCCUGAGUCUAAAACACUGCGGACAAUUUAUGAAAACGCCCUCUCUAAUGUCUCCAAUCGCACAAAGAGUUAAGCAAAAACAUAAAUUUGGAUGGCAAAGUGAGAUUCAGAACUCAAAAGUCACAACACAAAUUUAUUCUUUGGCAGAAGAAAGGCAAGCCCUUCCCGUCCAGGUUUUGGCUGUGAGCACUUUACAUUCAUGGAGGUAACAUAUUCAACAACUGGAGCUAUGUAGAUGUAUCCUCCGACCUGCGUUCUGUGUCUAGUUGCUAUUCAAGCAAGGUAGGCAUUGUAGUUAUUAAUUUUUUCAAGUGAACUAAUUGCUAUCGCUGUAGUAAUCAAGUGUGAUUUAAUAGGCGAAUAUCAUUAGAUGGAAAGUUUGUUACUUUUGAAAGUCA